GAGGAGGGGCCGGGGGGAAAAGAGCGCGAGGCGGCUCAACCAAUCAGGCUCGGCUUCGCCUGACGAGCGCCGCCGGCGUCCUAUAAGAAGACGCGGCAAGCGGGCCGAGGGAUGUUGUUGUUUCUGCGUGUUUGGAGAAAGAGGAGAAAGGGAGCGCGAGAGCAGAGCCGGCGACUGGCUGGCUGGGGCCGGCAGGAGCGGGAAAUGUGGUCCGGGGUCCCGGGAGUGGGCUCGGCCGGUGCGGCGGCUGUGGGCGCCGGCGUCCUCGUGCUGCUGUUGCUGCCGCUGGUGGUGAGGCAGCUGCUGAAGCAGAGGCGGCCGGUGGGCUUCCCGCCCGGCCCGCCGGGGCUGCCUCUCAUCGGCAACAUCCACUCGCUGGCCUCGGAGCAGCCGCACGUCUACAUGAAGAGGCAGAGCCAGCUCUACGGGCAGGUAUUUAGCCUUGAUCUUGGAGGGAUAUCAACUAUUGUCCUGAAUGGCUAUGAUGCAGUAAAAGAAUGCCUUGUUCAGCAGAGUGAGAUUUUUGCAGACAGGCCAUCUCUUCCUUUGUUCAAGAAGCUGACAAAAAUGGGAGGUUUAUUGAACUCAAGUUAUGGCAGAGGUUGGACAGAGCAUCGCAAGCUGGCUGUAACAAGCUUCCGUAUUUUUGGAUAUGGUCAAAAGUCCUUCGAAAGCAAAAUAUCAGAAGAAUCAGUCAUUUUCCUUGAGGCCAUUGAUACCUAUAAGGGCAAGCCUUUUGAUCUGAAAUACUUGAUAACAAAUGCAGUUUCAAAUAUUACUAACUUGAUUCUUUUUGGAGAACGGUUUACAUAUGAAGACACUGAAUUUCAGCAUAUGAUGGACAUAUUUAGUGAAAACAUUGAACUGGCAGCUAGUUCUUCUGCAUUUUUGUACAAUGCUUUUCCAUGGAUCGGUGCCUUGCCCUUUGGAAAGCAUCAGCAACUCUUUAAAAAUGCAUCUGAAGUCUAUACUUUUCUACUCCACCUUAUUGAGCGUUUCUCACAAAAUAGGAAACCUCAGUCACCAAGGCAUUUUAUAGAUGCAUAUUUUGAUGAGAUGGACAAAAAUAAAAAUGACCCCGAGUCUACAUUUACAACAGAAAACUUAAUUUUCUCUGCUGGAGAAAUAAUAAUUGCUGGAACAGAAACUACAACAAAUGUUCUAAGAUGGGCAGUGUUGUUCAUGGCUCUUUAUCCUAAUAUUCAAGGGCAAGUUCAUAAAGAAAUCGAUUUAAUUAUUGGGCCGAACAAAACACCUUGCCUAGAAGAAAGGUGUAAAAUGCCAUACACUGAGGCAGUACUGCAUGAAAUUUUAAGAUUCUGUAACGUAGCUCCACUAGGUAUUUUCCAUGCGACUUCUAAGGAUACAGUUGUACGUGGCUAUUCUAUCCCUCAAGGCACUACAGUCAUUACAAAUCUCUACUCUGUACACUUUGAUGAAAAAUACUGGAGUAACCCUGAAAUGUUUUGUCCUGAGAGGUUUUUGGACAGCUCUGGACAAUUUGUCAAGAAAGAAGCAUUCAUUCCAUUUUCACUAGGGCGAAGGCACUGUUUAGGCGAACAGUUGGCCAGAAUGGAAAUGUUUUUAUUUUUCACCUCACUACUUCAACAAUUUCAUCUGCAUUUUCCUAGUGGUUGGACUCCCAACCUUAAGCCAAAGUUAGGCAUGACUCUGCAACCCCAUCCAUACCUUAUUUGUGCAGAAAGGCGCUACUGAAGACACACCUAGUGCCAACAGUUCAAAGUGUGAGGCCUUGGGACCAGAGGCAUGGAAAUAUCAUGAGAAAUAAUGUUUUUGUUCCACGCUUUCCUGACUCAAAUGCCCAAAUCGUUCCCUGCAUUGUUUUUUUUUUAAUGCCUGGUGUCCACCUUAAAAAUCCUUCAAUGGUGUAGAAGGACAUUGAGAGAGAUGGUUUUUGAGGGCAGGUGAUGGAGAAUGAGUAGAAGGUGUUCCACUGUAUUCUCAUGUGUGGUGAAUGGGAUAAGAGUGUAAGAAUGGCCUGCUGGAUCAGGCCAAUGGCUCAUCUAGUCUGGCAUUCUGUUCACACAGUGGCCAAGCAGAUGCCUGUGGGAAACCAGG